UCCGCUCCAGCCGCGGACGGAGGCUCCGCUCCCGCCGGGGUUCGGCUCUGCCGCCGCUCCGGUGCCGCUCCCCGCCAUGAGCUCCGCGCCCAGCCCGUCCCGGGAGCCGCCCCGGUACCUCAGCCAGGCCGAGGCGGAGGCCAUGGAGAAGGAGCUGCUGGAGGAUUACCGCUUCGGGCGGCAGCAGCUGCUCGAGAUCUGGGGACACGCCUGUGCCGUGGCUGUCACCAAGGUGUUCCCGCUGCGCUCUCUGCGGCGCAGGCAGCCCACGCUGUUGGUGGCGUGCGGGCCGGCGCAGAACGGGGCCGUGGGCUUGGUGUGCGCCCGCCACCUGCGCAGCUUCGAUUACGAGCCCACCAUCUUCUACCCCAAGCGCUCCCCGGACCCGCUGCACCGCGACUUCACCACGCAGUGCGAGAAGAUGGAUAUCCCCUUCCUGUCCUACCUGCCCACCGAGGUGCAGCUCAUCAACGACGCCUACAACGCCGUGGUGGACGCGGUGCUGGGAGCCGAGGGGACGCAGGGGACAGAGGGGACAGAGCCGUGCGCGGCCAUCCUGGCCACCCUCAGGCACGUCCGCAUCCCCAUCGUCAGCCUGGAUGUCCCCUCAGGCUGGCUGCCCGGCCCGGUGGGUGGCAGCGGUGACAUCAGCCCGGACGUGCUGGUGUCGCUGGCGGCCCCCAAGGAGGUGGCGCGGCGCUUCCGGGGACGGCGACAUUUCCUGGCCGGACGCUUCGUGCCCGAGGAGCUGCGCAGGAAAUUCGGGCUCAGCCCCCCCGAGUACCCGGGCAGCGACUGCGUGGUGGCCCUGUGACCCCAAGGAAGCCCCU